AUGCAACAUUUAACAGGUUGGUUGGCACAAUUGUUUGGAUUAAAAGAGAUUGUAGCGAAGAGUAUCUCAGAAUUGGGAUCACCAUGCAUUCAUAUAGCAGUACAAGUUACAAACGGAUUGGCAAAUAAAGAUUUUCCAUGUCACAUUGCAGGAGAAUUUUAUAGUGUUUACACAACAGAAAAUCGAUGUAAACCUGUUAUGAGUUUGGCAGUUAUUAUAGGAACUCAUCCAUCAACAAAUCAUAUGGAUGGAGACUCGAAUACGCAUUUGUAA